AACACCCCCAACACACCUGUCCCUUUUCCACUCUCCAGAAUCAAACACAAUCACAAACAACCAAACAACAAUCAAUCAUAAUGUCUAGCUACAACAACUUCAACACUUCCGCCUCCGGCAACGCCGGCCCCCAUUCCUCCAACAUGGCCAACAAGCUCGACCCCCGCGUGGACAGCGACCUCAGCAACCCCCAGUACGGCAACCCCCAGUACGGAUCCGCUGGCGCGACCGGCCCGACUCACAACCAGCACGGCAACGCCUUUGGCAGCACCUCGUCCACCUCUACCAAGACCUUCAACAACGAGCCCUCGACCGGCACCAACUCCGCUGGCCCUCACAGCUCCAACUUGAUGAACAAGAUCGAUCCUCGCGUGGACAGCGACGUCGACAACCGCGCCAAGUACGCCCCUGGCACCACCACCACUGGUAACCAGUACACUGCUACCUCUGGCAAUGCCGGCCCUCACAGCUCCAACCUCGCCAACAAGGUCGAUCCCCGUGUGGACAGCGACGUCGACGGCCGCUCUCGCUUCGCCCCUGGAACCACCACCACCGGCAACCAUCACACUGCCACUACCGGCACCGCUGGCCCUCACGGUUCCAACAUGAUGAACAAGGUUGACCCCACCGUCGACAGCGACCUUGACAACCGCUCGAAGUAUGCCCCCAGCACCACUCGCAGCGGCAACCAGUACACUUCCACCACUGGCAACGCCGGCCCCCACCAGUCCAACCUCAUGAACAAGGCCGAUCCUCGCGUCGACAGCGACCGUGAUACCCGCGCCCAGUACGCACCCGGAACCACCUCCACCACGAGCAACAACGUCCACCACAACCCUCACAACACCCACUCUGGCGCCACCAGCGGUAUCACCAGCGGAACCAGCGGUGCUCACUCCCAGCCCUCGACCACCCACAACACCUCAACCUCGUCCUCCGGCGGCGCCAAGGGCCCUCACAGCUCGAGCAUCCUCAACAAGCUUGACCCCCGCGUCGACAGCAAGACCGGCGAGAUGCACAGCAGCAAGCACAACAGCUCCUCCACGGGAGGCUCCAACGUCGGCCACCAGGGCAACACCUAUGGAUCCGGCGGCGUCGGCCACAGCCCCGCCAACCCCUCCGGUAGCACUGGCUACACUGGACAGUCUGGCGCCACCCGCACCGGUGAGGACGUCGGCACUGGCGUCAAGGGUGCCGCGGCUCAGGUUCAUGGUAUGGGCGAGUCCCUCCGUGGAGGUAUGACCGCAGCUGUCGACAAGACCUUUGGUCAUGAGCAGGGUGUCGCCAAGAACGACAUGAUUGCUCAGCAAGGUGAACGCGAGAUGCGCUCUGGCAAUUUCCACGGCUACUAGGCUGGUUCUCCUAUGUAAUUUUAUGAGUGAUGCGUUACGAUUGAUAUCAUCUUCCACUUGAAGAACUUGUACAUUAGUCAAUACCAAUCAAUUUACUGAACUGUCCAUGAG